UUGUCUCCAAUUUUGUUGAAUCAGCGCUCAAGAGGGUGCCUCUUUAAAAGUGGAGCUGAAACAAGGAGACGACUGUCCUUCACAGGAAAAACAGCAUUUCUUUACGACAACCACUUGAAAGUGAAUCUGAAAUCUGCAGAUUCGAGCUCCACACUGAAGAUCGCCAAGAGACGAUAUGGCUUAUCAUCGAAUCACGUGGCAGAUUGGAAUUUUAGCCUUACUUUUGGUCAUCUACGUCUUCCCAGAUGGAUCAAGUGGAAACAAACUCAGAAAAAUGUUGGCAAAGAGAGAAGUGGAAGAAAAGCCUGCCAUUGCAGUACCAGCCUCUAAAGCCAAAGAAUUUCUCAACACCCUGAAGCGAUCGAAAAGGCAGUUGUGGGACCGAACUCAGCCAGACGUUCAGCAGUGGAUUCAGCAGUUCAUGUACAUGGGCUUUGAUGAGACUAGAUUUGAGACGGACCUCUCUUACUGGAUGGAUCGAGGACGUAAUAACCACGACUACUAUGGGUACCAACAUCAUUAUGACGAGAACGCUCCAAUCGGGCCGCGUGACCCGUACAGCUUUAGGCACGGCGCUGGAGUGAACUAUGACGACUACUAGGGACUACCUGUGUCACCUUGCAGCAGUGUUUAAGUGUGGGUGAUGGGUAUUAAUCCUUUAUUAAGCACAACACAGUGGUUCUGUACUUGAAUGCAAGCGCUAACAUGCUGGAAAUCAUGUACAUCAUCUUUGUUGGAUGUUUUUUUUCUUCCUUAUUAAAUCAUGAGGUAGGACACAUAAGCCUUAAAAUAUGCAUACUCUGGCCAACAUUAUAUAUAAAUUUGCUUGAGAAAUAUGUAUGAUUUGAAAAAAACACUUAUAAGAAUACAUGUCUUUGUUAGUAAUGUCCAACCUUCUUUCUUUUUCAAAAUAUAUCUUUGUACCAUGGCAAUAAAAAUAUAUAUAUUAAAUGCUAAAGGGCAGGUGGACUAAGUACAAUGUGUUUUAACAGAAACAGCAGAGAACAGAAACAUUGGAGAUGCGCGACAAUCCAAAUGAAUGAAUUUAUUCAAAAUAAACCCUACUGCCUC